UACCAAAAUACCGUACUAAUCGCCGAGAUGAUUUCUCGAUUCUUCAUUACAAGAUUGGUAGGAAUCUUCGUGGUGACCCCUUUGGCGGCGCUUUCAUAUCAACCUAGCAAAGAAGUGCAUUUAGGAGUCAUCUCAGCAUGUGUUGUUGCAUUCUCAUGUCUAGUUUCUAGUUUUCUCAAAGUCAGCAGCGUGGAGAUGAUGGUGACAACUGCUUAUGGCGCCAUUCUCACUGUUUUUAUGUCAAACGUCUAA